AUGUUAAGUUUCUUGUCCAUGGCCGUGUCGGACACCGGCUGGAGGUCGGCCAUGUCCGUUGCAGCGGCCCUCGUGGGCAGCAUCGCGGCCGAGCAUUUGUCUGGACAUCCACUGGAGAUUUGGUCGGACUCGGUGUGUUGGGCAGCCUUGUCUGCAGCUUUUAACUACAAGACACGGCCAUUACGACCGACGAACCACGACCGAUUACCGGGCAGCGAGCUGUGGUCACAAAGUACCGAAUGGCGGCGGUCGGUAACGCUGUGGCUGGCCGCCGUAUGCAUUUCUUCGGUGACCGUCUACCGGUCGGAGCUGGGUGCUGUCCCGUUGUUGCCUGCCGCAACGCCAAUCCUCCUUGUCGUCGAACGUCUUCUCGAAUGUGACGCCUUGAACUACAACACGAAUCGCCGGAUAUGGGCUCACAUCAACGGCAUUGUGGGCACAUUGUCGAUUGCCGUCCUGUCCACCGGCAGCCUCGUCGACUGGAAUUUUGGCAAUACGGCGCCGGCUCUCGGUCCGGUGGCGGCUCUCGUGAUUGCUUUUGUCAUCUUCACGCCUCGACCAGACGCAUCGACGCUGCCUUUCCGCUUUUGUCGGAUUUUCUCACCGUUUGUACCGUCGCUCACUAUUGACGAAGUGGCACCCUCCCUGGCAUGGCGUGUGCUUGUUGCUAUGCUAUGUAUCGCCGUCGGUGACGUAUACUUAUUUGGACCGGUGGUUGUUGAUGUUGUGCCGACGUUCAUUCUCGGCCUCUCGCGAGCACUGUUUUGGUACUUUACAAUACAAACACUCCGACCCGCUACCACAUACGACAAGUUGUCGCUAUCGUCUUCCAUUCCUCUCGGUCGUCCACCACCCCCAUCCCUACCAACACAACCUCCCUCCUGGCGCAUCGCGACGACGAUCCUGGCCUUUGGCCUUCUGUCGGCGAGCGACCCCUUUGCGCAGCAGACCAGCAGCAACGCACUCGCCAUUGCCGUAGCUAGCCUCCUGACACUGACACAAAUCAUACUUCUCCUCCCUGACAACACGCAGUGGACACGUGUGGUGUGGACUGUCUUUGCCAUGGUACCCGUGGCGCCCUUUGUGGCCAACAUGGCCGCGCUCUACGGCUUCUAUCCAGCGCCGCCACACUCCCUCCUCCACCACGAACACCCCGUCGCGGCCCUCGUGCGCCACGGCCAGGCUCGCUUCGACGACCUGCUGCGGCGACAGUCGAUGAAUGCGACGGCAGCCGGUGACGAGUACCGCCGCCGCUACGGCAUUGCGCCGCCGCCCGGGUUUGACACGUGGUUCCAGCUGGCGCGCGAACUAGACACGCCCAUCAUCGACGAGUACAACAUGAUCCACCAGAGUCUGCAGCCGCUGCGCGUACUGAGCGGAAAGGAGAUACAAACGGCGAUGCAGACAGUCUACACGCUGCCGGACAGCGACGUGUGGCGGUGCAAUUACGUCGCCAAGACACGGCAGACGACCUGCACGCACCCCACGCGCAGUUUCGACCGCAACGUGCAGGGGAUGUUUAAUGCCUGGUUGGGGGGAGGGUCGUUUGGCGGCGGCGUGCCCACGACAACAGCGCACCUGGACGUGGAUGUCACGUUCCUGGUCAACCACUUGGACGAACCAAGAGUCCUGUUGCCGGCCGGCGUGGACAAUACGGGUCGCGACAAGUACAGCGUCACCAUCCUCGACGGACAGCCCGUGUACGAUGUCCUGACACAAAACUGUGCAGCACAGCAGCACCAACUGUCCCAAAACACGGCAAGCGAAACGGGCCCCGUCGUGGACACGUACGGCCUUCCCUUUGUCACCGAUACGCGAACGGCCCGCGAUUUAUGUCGGCAUCCCGAGUACAAGGACAUGCACGGCAUGCUGACCAGCCCCGUGUCGUUCCCCUUGAUCCAGGGCCUCGUGCCGAUUCUUUCGUGCGGCGCCUUGUCCACCAUGGGCGACAUCCUCUAUCCCAGCCCGGCCUACAGCGAGUCGGGGUUUGUGUAUGAUGCCGCUCAUGACGUCCCCUGGGACAAGAAGAAGAAUGCGCUGUACUGGGCCGGGUCGACCACCGGGGCCUAUGCCGAGGACGGGAAGUCCGGCAACUGGCGCGGUUUCCAUCGCCAGCGGGCGGUCGCCGUCGCCCAAAAUCUGGAGCACAGACAGCAUGCCUACUUGACAGACCAGGGCGGCAGCGGAAACGGUCCCGUCCGCCGCGUCUGGUCCUCGUUUUUGAACGGCCGCCUGUUUCGCGUCGCCUUUACGCGCAUCUUCCAGUGCGACCACCGCGCCUGCCGUGCGGAGCGCGGCUUCUUUCGCCUGCAGCCCUGGGCCGGCCGCGACGAUGCGCUGGCGUCGCGCCUCGUCUUGGGCGUCGACGGCAACGGCAUCAGCGGGCGCUACUACAAGCUGGUCGCGUCCGGGUCGACCCCGCUGAAGCAGACGCUGCUCCGCGAAUGGCAUGACGAGCGUCUCGUGCCGUGGGUGCACUACGUGCCGGUCAGCCAGGCGCUGGACGAGCUGCCCGAGCUCGUGUCGUACCUCGCCUCCGCCCAGGGCGAGGCGGUCGCGCGCACCGUCGCCGAGAACGGCCAGCGGUGGUUCCAACAGGCGAUGCGGCCGGCUGACCGGGCGGUGUAUGUGCACCGACUGCUGCUGGAGCUGGCGCGCUUGCAGGAUCCGGAGCGGCCGGCAGGACAGGCGGAAACGGGUACUAGUGUGUAG